GAUCCAACAUGUCUGACGGAGGCAGGGACGGAUGAGGUCAUGAUGUAUCGCGGCUCCUGCCCUUUCUAGCGUCUUGUCGCGCAUGACGUCAAGCAAUGGUGAGAGGUCGGAGGCAAUAUGCGCACCCACGCCUCCGGCACUCGCCACGCUGUAUUGCUUGAUAAACUGCUCUCUCUCUUUACACCUAUGCAUGCCAUUUCCUCUUCCCACUGUCCUAUCCAUACCUACUGCCUACUCUCUCCUCCCUUGUGCAGAACCCAUUCUCAACAUCACCACGAGAGAAACUCGAGUUAUCACGAGCACAACAGACAUGUCUGGCAAAGCACCUAGCGAGGGAACCAAGGUCACCGCCGGCAAAGAUGCUCCGGUCACUCGUGAGGGACCUGGCAUUGUGACUGAAGACUCCCUCGCCGCCGAGUCCCGGUUCUUCCGCCAGGCCAAUGAAGCUGCACCCCAGCACAUUUCCCCCGUCGUGCUCACCGCGCCUUCGAACACUCCUCAGAGCGGCGCCCACAAUCCGACUGCCAAGCAGGGCGAUCGCAAUGCCGCUGCCGCGCCCUCCUACGUCCAGAGUCAGUACGCCAGCGACCCUUCGGGCCCCCACGGCAGGAACGUGAGAGAGGACGACGACAUCGGCACCGAUGGCAGAUACACGAACGCGAGCUUCUCUGAAUUCGGUACCCGAGGCGACCCCGGCCGUGCUGCCGAGCAGAAGUUUACGCACCCGGGUUCGGUAAACGCCGGGACGACGGCCGGGCGGGAGAAGCGGGUCGACGACGACCAACCGUUCAUCGUGUUAGGGUCGGACGCGCAGGCAUGAAUAAUGUUGGGCAGAGAAGGAGCCGGAGAAUUGCAACUGGGAGAGGAUAUGGUGUAGGGAAGAAAAAAUGUCGCAUAGAUAGGGAUAUUACAGGUCAACGGAAAAGCUAAAAUUCGGCUCAACGGGAUUGUCACAACCUUGGCAUGGACUUGCUAUCACGAAAGAUGACUAUGCCGUUCGUCAGUGCUGCGGCGGCGAGGGGGCAAGGGGACGAGCGCGCCUAUGAUGAAAUCAGUAAUUCGAAGGACGCGUCGUUCAACACCCUGAUACUUACUUGCCUUCACCGACAUUAGCGCCAUCGACUUCAUGCGAUCAACCCUUCUCUCCCUAUUGUAGGCACAUUAGACUGCCGCAGUUGUUACCCACCUGCCGCUAUCUAAGAAUAUUGAGUCAGUUU